CUCUCUCUCUCUCUCUAAGCUUCCCUCCCGUUUCUCUUCUUCUUCUUCUUCCUCUCGCUCUCUCUCUCUCUCUCUCUCUCUAUUUCGAGGAGUGAUUCGAACUCUUACUCACCAAAACCCUAAUUCCAACGUAGAGAAACCCUAAUCUCUCUCUCUCUCUGUACAUAUAUCUCUCUCUCUCCCAUCUUCACCGCUUCUUCCUCUCCUCCUCCUUCCGUCUCUUCUAGGGCACAAUCAUCUACUCGAUAGGGCCAUUAGAGCUCGCGCUUCCUCGUUCUCGACGCGCUCGUUUCGAGGAGUAGAGCAUGGAGGGGGGCGCGGGCGCGUACACUUCCCGGAUGCCCGAGGACGUGUUUAGGGAUUUUAGAGCCAGGCGAGCCGGCAUGGUUAAGGCUCUCACCACUGAUGUCGAGAAGUUCUACGAGCUUUGUGAUCCCGAGAAGGAGAACUUGUGCCUUUAUGGACUUCCUGAUGAGACUUGGGAAGUGAACUUACCUGCUGAGGAAGUACCUCCAGAGCUUCCUGAACCAGCACUAGGUAUUAACUUUGCUCGGGAUGGUAUGGAAGAAAAGGAUUGGCUAGCCCUAGUUGCUGUUCACAGUGAUGCAUGGUUGCUUGCUGUUGCAUUUUACUUCGCUGCGCGGUUUGGGUUUGACAAGGAAGCUAGGAGGCGGCUUUUCAAUAUGAUCAACAAUCUCCCGACUAUAUAUGAAGUUGUCACCGGAACAGCAAAGAAGCAAUCUAAAGAGAAAACCCCAAACAGUAGUAGCAAGAGCAAUAAGUCUAACUCAAAGGCGUCUCGACAGGCAGAGUCCUAUACGAAAUCGUCGAGAAUGCCGCUCCCGAAGGAGGAAGAGAGCGGGGAGGAGGACGGGGAGCAGGAGGACGAGGAGGAGCACGGCACCACACUGUGCGGGGCGUGCGGCAACAACUAUGCGAGCGACGAGUUCUGGAUAUGCUGCGACGUCUGCGAGCGGUGGUUCCAUGGCAAGUGCGUCAGAAUCACACCAGCUAGGGCAGAGCACAUAAAGCAGUACAAAUGCCCCGACUGCAGCACCAACAAGAGGGCUAGGGUUUAGGGUGGUAGGUAAAGCCAAAGUACAUGUCUCGACAGCCCAGCUUGAAUGAGCUAGCUUUCAAGUUUCUCGACUUUGUUAAAUGCUUUGUUGUUUCGUAAUUAGGCACUUCAGCAUUGUUAUAGCGAAACCAUAACUUUGUAUGUCGAUGUGUCGGGAGCACUCUUCCCCUUUGGUGUUACUUAUUUGGCCACAUCAGUAAAUUAGGUUCAUCUCUUAUCUUGCGUA